AUGUGUCGUGUGUGUCGGGGUGAAGAUGGUCAUCUGUACUACCCAUGUCUUUGUACCGGAAGUAUAAAGUACGUUCAUCAGGAGUGCCUCACGGAAUGGUUGAAAUACAGUAAAAAAGAAGUCUGUGAAUUGUGCAACUACAAGUAUUCAUUUCAACCCAUCUAUCGGCAUGAUAUGCCUAAAGCAUUACCUCUCGUGGAAAUACUCAAAGAGCAAGCAGACGCUAAUCCGAACGGUGUGGUGGAACAAGAGCUGCAGGAGAACCGUGGAGACGGAGCCGCUAAUGCAGGCGAACAGGUACUGAAUAUAAAAAAAAUAACGAAAUGA